AGACAUGGGACUGUGGAAUCACCGAGGGGGGGAAACUCUUCUCCAAAACAACACAAACACAGGGAAAGAAGUCUUAUCCAGCGAGAAGAAAUUCAUUGGAGCUUUACUUUUACACGUGUAUUGAUUUCUACUAAGACCGAACUAGAAGACUUAGAUGACAACUGAAGUUAUCCGUGCUUUUUUGAUACCUAGGGCAAAGUGCCACUCCUUCGCUUAGCGCAACAGCUCCACUACACAGCUGGCCAAAUGGGGUGCCAAUGCUGCAGGAUGAUAAAGAGCUACAUGUACGACCCCUCGGUGGCGGUGGAUGUGAGGAAGACGGACUCUGCCAGCAGCUCGCUCUACCAGCCGCACCAACUCCCCCGCUGCGACCCGCUGCAGAAGCAGAAGCAGGGCUUCAACAACCUGGGCUACAGCAAGUCCAACGACAGCACGCUGAAACUGGAGGUGGACAACAACCACGUCAACCACAGGCUGCACUCACAACCCAACGAGCCCCACAGGCAGGCGACAGAUGGAGGUCUGUACAUCAUCCAGCCAGAAACUCUGGGACCCAGGUGGGUGAUGCAGGAAAGAGGCCAGAGCCAAGUCCCCGUUUACCCCAACAGACAGGAGAACCAGAGGAGCUUCUCCGAGCAGGAACGCCAUGUGACGAAGAGCAGGUGGGACAACGGCGUAACGGAGUGUGUGAUUGGCAGAGAGAGCCUGUCAGCAGACGAGAUAGACGAGGGAGUGGGCGGGACUCCGGACUAUCUGUUUGACACGGGGGACGAAGGGAGCGUCCUGUCGGUGGACCUCCAGACCAGCACCACCAGCCUGUCCUCUGUCGACACCAGGGACGGGCUCCGACUGCCCAAGGGUCUGGACGUUUCAACGGUGGAGAGCGGGAUCUCGGUGAUGAAGAGCGAGGACGAGGAGGAAGGGGAGGUGCAUAGCGUCAUGGACUCGAUGGUGGCAGAGGCUCUGGCUGCUCUAGAGGCUGCGACGGCCGGGGAGGAGUACGAGUGACAGGACGCCUCACAAAAAUGUCCCAAAUUGGGAUCAAUUAAGUACUAUCUUAUCUCUUAUCUUAUCACCAAACAACUCACGGACCUGAAUGCAACUUGACGGUGUGUUCAAAACCACCACGUAACUUUAAAGAUCAUGGAACGAAUGAAGGAAAACUAAAUAAGUACAGAUUUAUUUUUGAACUCAAAAUCUUGUAUAUUUUUUUAUUUUGGACACUUUGACAGAAGAUGUUUGCCUUGUGAAGAAGGCAACUUUUCAAAUGCCACGAGUGAGAGGUUUGUAGACGAUAGAUAUCAGAUCUUUGAAAGAACUGUGUUUAACACUCCACAGUCCUAACAUGUGCUCAUCCGCUGCUUUGCCAUGUCCAUACUGCCCUUUUACAGGUGGAUGUUUGCUUCAUUCUGGAGCAUAGCUAUGCUAAUUGCUAGCAUAGAGCUAAUUGUGAACACACAGUCUUUGCCAGGGGCGGACUGGGACUAAAUAUCAGCCCGGGAAACUCGACCGGCCGACCGGCCCAACUCGGUACCGCAAGUCAAUUGUCAACGGAGGGUGCUAGUGAAUUGACCGACCGACCGGCCCACCUGGAAACUCCCGGUAUUCCCACUGGCCAGUCCGCCCCUGGUCCUUGCCAUAGCUUGCGGUCCCUUCAGGAAUCUCGCCCUCGUUUCACUGAGCAGGCGAGAGAGGAAAGGUCAUGUUUUUUUUAUAACUAUGUUAAUGUCUUCGGUUUGUAUUUAUAAUAUCCUCACUUACAUUGAUUUAUUCUGAGAAGAAACAGGAUGGAGGACGAGGCAGCGGUCCUUAUUUAUAACUUUUUGUGUCAUCAUUAAUUCCGUCAUAAUUAAGCAGAAUGAAUAUCGUAUCUACUUUGAAAUUUAGGAAGAUUAGUUUACACACUGUUGUUACAUCAUCACAUACAUGUACACUGACAACUCUUUGUUUUUCUGUCAAUAAUGUAACUGAUUGCACAACAUUACAGAGUGGGACCACUUUAGUUUCCGCAGCCUUUUAACCUUAGCUUAACGAGAUCAGAAGGGGAACCAUAAAGCAGUUUCGACAGAGCCAAGUUUUUUUAACGAUAGCCUGCCAGACAAAACCUAAAAUCCCAGUCAGAGAGAUAAAGGAAACCGUGAUGAUUUUCCUAAACGUAAAAUACGUUGUUUUGAGCAAGCCAACACUUACAAUACACAACAUUUUACGUUUUUUGGGGACGUUUUUGAAGCCAGGGGCUACAAAGGAAGAUUGCUUUGACCCCUGAGGCGAAUUUGUCAUAUUUGGCUAUACAAAUCAAAUGGACUUGGCUUGACCUUAUCGUCUCGCAACGUGGUUCACCCCUCAGCUAAGGUUAAAUCAUUGGAUAGAAACGCACCAAAGGGCCGUCAAUUCCCCCGACUAGCUCUGUUUUUUCAGGUCAGGCUUUGUGUUUCUAGCUGGCCUAUGACAUUAGUUCAACCUGCAGCUUGGUUAAGUGCCUUAUAAGGAACUGAUUGAGGUUAGAUGGUGAGCGUGUGAUAAUACGCUGUUUUGCUCAUUGAAGUUCUGAGUUCUGCGACUCCCCUUAUCACUCAUUGUUUGCCGGCCAAAUCAUUUCUACUAUAUUUGUAUUGUA